UAGUAAGCUAUCAUUCAACCUGCGCAUAAAGCUUAACUAGAAGUGCGUCGAUCGAUAUCAUUAUUGAAAAAUCGAUCGACGGAGCGAAAUGUGUAUGCAUCGAUAUCCGUAUAGGAUCAUCGAUCGACAUUUUCUAAUUGGUCGACAUACGAUAGUUGAGAUCAUCAGAUCUAUUUAAUAGACAAGUCUAAACAUGCGAAAGCUGAUAGAAUUGUUGACUAAGUAGUUGAGCUUUACAUUAUCAUGCAUACAACUCAUUAGACAUCUGUAGGAUUAUAAUCUCAAGUUUUCUGAAUAAAAAACCUAAGUCUAACUAUUUCCUUUUUAAGCACCAAAACCUCAACCAAUCAAUUGAACAAACACUUGUUCAAUAUAAAACUGCAAUUUACAUUUAAAUCUCUAAAACCAUCUAGCUUAACAAAUCAUAUUAGAUUUCUUAGGUUCCCUAGCUCCCUGUGAUUUCGAUCCCUAAGUACUACAACUCGACCUCUUAUUUGAGAGAGUAUAAAUCACUCCUUAGGGUAAUUUGAGUAGUAUCAUUUUGCGAGCACCGGGGGAGUGGCCAAGUAGUGUUUCAGCUAUUGGAAAGUUUUUUCGCAUUCUUCGGUCCACUCGAAUUUCUUGUUCCCCUUCAAGGUGUCGUAGAAAGGCAAACACUUAUCCCUUGACAGCGGGAUAAAGCGGUUGAGUGCUGCGACUCUUCCGGUCAAUUUCUACACUCUCGCUUUGUUCUUGGCGACACCAUUUCGAUCAACGCGGUGAUCUGUUUUGGAUUGACCUUCAUUCCGCGGAAGGUGACGAGAUACCCCAAGAAUUCUCCCGAUGCUUCUUCAAACCUGCAUUUCGCGGGGUUGAUUUUCAUAUUGUGUAGGUUUAGUCUUUUGAAGCAUUCUUGGAGGUGAGUGAUAUGAUCUCGCUCUUCAAGGGAUUUUACGAGCAUAUCAUCUAUGUACACCUCCAUUGUUUUUCCGAUUUGUUCGGAGAACAUACAGUUGAUGAGUCGUUGGUAAGUUGCGCCAGCAUUCUUAAGACCGAACGGCAUCACCCAGUAGCAGUAAGUGCCGCGGUCAGUUAUGAAUACGGUUUUCUCUUGAUCGUCGGGGUUCAUUAUGAUCUGAUUGUACCCGGAGAAUGCGUCCAUGAAAGACAAAAGUUUGUUACCAGCUGUCGCUUUAACCAAGCGAUCGAUAUGUGGCAGUGGGAAGCUAUCCUUUGGACAUGCCUUAUUAAGAUCGGUGAAAUCAACGCACACUCGCCACUUUCCGUUUUUCUUUUUGACAACGACAGGGUUAGCGAGCCAGUCGUGAUACCUAACCUCCGUUAUGGAUCCGACUUUGAGGAGUUAUUCAACCUCGUCGUUAACCGCACCAGCGCUCUCUGGUUCCAAAUUUCGUCUCUUUUGUUUGACAGGUUUGAAAGUCGGGUCGACGUUGAGCUAGUGACAUGUGAUGUUGAUAUCAAUCCCUGGCAUGUCCUCCGCGGCCCAUGCGAACGUGUUCAAUUUCUUUUUCAGACAAGCUAUGAGCUCGAAUUUCAGAGACUCGCUCAGGUUCGCGCCAAUUUCAACACAUCGAUCUGGGAAUACUUUGUCUAAGCAUACCGAGACAACGGGCUCGCAGGCCGGCUCGCAUUUUCCUUCCAAGGCUUUGGCUACGCGUGACUGCCAAAAGAUUUCAUUUUCGUCUUGUUCUAGGGUGUUGUCAAUGGCAGACGAUUUCUUUUUCUUUUUAGGCGGAGCCUCCACCGAUGGGUUUUUUCGCUUUAAUUCUGCAGCGAAGCAGACUCGCGAGAUUCUCCAAUCUCCCCAGAUGGUCUCAUUUCCGUGAAUGGUUGGGAAUUUGAGACAGAUGUGGUAUGUUUAUGGGACUGGUUGCAUUGAAUUCAGCCAUUGAGUUCCCACGAUCGCGUUAUACGACAUGGGUCGAUCGAUGACCAAGAACUCCACGAUUUUCGUCAUGCUGUCGGCUUUAACCGAGAGGUUGAUCAUGCAGAGAGUCAUGGUAGCUUCCCCCGAGAGUCCUACUAGUGGGCUCGGAUCUUGGGUGAUUUCGGAUGGAUUGAUUUCCAUUUUUUCGAGAGUGUUUUUGAAGAUGAUAUCGGCCAAGCUUCCGGUGUCGACCAAUAUCCUUGCUAGAAGCUGGUUUAUGAAGUUUAGUGAACCUAUCAAAUAUGAAUAUAAAACUGGUUUAAGGAAGUGUCGAUCGAUGCUAGAAAGGUAGCAACGAUCGACACUCAUUCCGUGUUCACAUGCGAUAGCUAGAACAUUGGACUUAGAUAAUUUAUUAGACUCGCAUGCGAAAGCUAGAUAUCUAUACAUUAGACUUCAAGUUCUAGAAUAUCACAUACAUAUCUUAUGCAUUCUAUAUCACUAUAAUCAUGUUUGCAUGAACCCUGAAUCUAGCUAUUUCUCAUACUAGGGAUCGUUACCCGCGCUAAGGCGCUGGGUUUUUGCAAUUUAAUCUCUUUUUGCCUCUUGCUUACUAAUAUAGCAUUCAGUUUUUCAAUGCAUUUUAUCUUCACCCUCUCCUCUUGUAUUGUUUACAUUUGUUUUUACGUUAUUUUGUUUGAUUUGUCUUAGUUUUGGCUUGUGUAAUAACUUAACCCUGCUCAUUCUUCUUUCAUUCUUUAUUGAUUGAUAUUUUUAUCUCGCUUAGCUCAGUGUUGCAACUAACUUGCUCGAAUCAUUUUUCAUCAUCUGCUUCGUAUUCUUUUCUUAUUCAUUAACUAUUGUCUCCAAUCUCUUUAAAUCCUAAAAAUGGUACGUGUUCUUUUGUUUAUUAAAUCACAUAUUAAAUAUUGUUGAAACUGUUAUUUAUUCUAAUAAAUCCUUACGUUUAUAACUAAAAUGAUAUGGAUAAAAGACUGAUUAUAAUUUAGUUGAAAUUAAAGUCUAAAGUAGAAGUUAUAAACUUGCAAUCCUUCUUUUUGUCAUCCAAGAUAGCUUUAGUCAAAUCAAUUAUAUUGAUUUAGAAAACCCAUAAACUAUUUCAAUCCCAAACAACCAAAAAACAGGCGCAUUUGUUAUUGACGCUGCGACGGGUUUCCUUUACUAUAAACAUAAUUGCAUGUUACAACUGUUAAUAAACCCAAAUAUGUUUACAAAAGCUACCCAUAUAAGAGAUUCAUACUCAUUUCUCUUUCUCUAGUCAUCUCCUAUGUUAGUAGCUAUCAUAAUACAAUCAUCAUACAAAGGAUAUAUCUCUUGGUUCCAUAUAGAACAUGCAAAAGGACUAUUUUCUGCAGACUCCAUGAUCACUGAGUAUUAUAAAUAUUAAACUCUGUCUAUGGUCUAUUUAUAUGUUGAGGAAAGGCCUCAAAAUGUAGCUUCCAAAUAAUGAUUUCCAGGUCAACACAUUGCAUGUUAACCUCCACAAUGGGAUCAGCGGAUCUGCAGAUACCGCUACAUGUCGAAUCGAACACAGCUACACAUAUGUUCCAUGUUUGUGCCUUUCAUUCACAAUCUGCAAUUCUCCCAAGAACCAGAAUCAAUGUUAAAUGAGGUAAAAUUUUUAGAGUCACAACAGACUUUGUAUAGCCAAGCCCAAUAAACCAAGCACCCAACGUAACAUCCCCGCUUACCUAUUUGUGCAGAAAAUGACUUGAUCAUUAUAUAGUAACACCGAGAAAUUAGAUGGAGAAUGAAGUAUGAAUGCAAAGUAGACAAAACAGUUAAAAUCUUACUGAUUAUGAGAAAUAUAAGAAAUCAAUUCUCUUGAAAUGACGUAUAACUGUCCAAUAACGUGAUAGAAGUGCUUGUUCCUGUUCUCACCAAACUUCCAAUUCAAAAUGUAUAUAUAAAUCUAUUAGAAUUAUUGCCAGCGCUCUGUUGCGAUAUUUGUUAGCUAAAAUAAUUCAUCCAACAUAAUAGGAAAAAGAAACCAACGAAAUUGUAAAGCUAACCAUCAGCUGAGAUGCUUUUGCUGUCCUGACACAUUGCAAGCUUAGUGAUUUCACUGUCAAAAACAACAAACUCAGCAGUCAUAUACAUUCGAGACAUUUAUUUACAAAUGGUUCCUAGCACAGAAAAAACACAUUAUUAUGUUACGGAUGAUAAUUUUGAUGCAUAAAUACAGUUUAGAAUUUUUUUCAACUGAACAUGUGUACCUACUGAAUUACCUUACAACAUCCACUGCAUUGUGAUUUUGGCAUGUUAAAGCUGAGAAUCAACAUUGAAGCUUGCGUUAGCAUUUGGAACAUGAAAUAUAGCACCAUCAAUUUCAAGUGUUAAUUCCAUUGACAAUAGCUGUGCAAAAGAACUCUGCUAGUAAGGUAAUCUUGAUAUGCUUACCUCGUCGUAUAAGUAACCCAUGUCACUUCCCUCCCACAGGUAACGUUGCUGGUGCAGAUCAAUUCCCCCACCUCUUCCUCGUCAUUAGGAUGCUCUGCAAUAUACCCUCUGUAAGGUUCAAAUUUAUGUCGCUAGAAUUAUCAGAGAAAGAAAUAUAAAGUACCCUCCAAAUCUUCUGGAACAUCGACAUUUUUCUUUAUUCAAUGAUCUUCAUUCAACCUAACAACCAUCAAAAUAAAAAGAAUGUGAGGUACAUAAUCUUCAAAAUCUAAGUUUAUUGAAUAGGAAAAAAAACUCAGGAAGACAGAAAAUGUCAAACACUCACUAGCUUCUUCUUCUUUUACUUCUUGGCUCCCGUAAAUGAACUGUCAAAGCCAUCAUUAUUUUCAGGAAAAAAGAUUAAACAAAGCAACUGAUGAAAAGAAACAAAUAUGUUUCACAACACAUAAACUCUUCUUGAACAAUUAGGCAACAUAUAGUAUGCCUCCCGUGUGACUCAACUAAGUCCUCGAUGGCAUCAUGAACGACAAAUGUCUUCUUCUUCUUCUUGGUUAGAUCAAAGGGUGCAAACUAAGGAUGACCAAAGAAAAUUAAAACCACACAAUCAUGAUUUAUCAGGCAAAAUAAAAGAACCGAUGAUGAAUUUAUUAAAGAUGGGGAGAUGUAGAGACUAAAGAAGAUAAACUGAUUCAUGGAACUCAAAGAGCCAAUCUGUGUUUCUUAGAUGAGUCAUGAACCGAUGAUGAAAAAUCGAAAGCCCUAAAAUUUUAUUGAAGAGAACACUUACAGAACAAAGAAGUCUAUUGGACCUUUUUUUAAUGAAGCUCAUUUCAAAACGUGAGUUAUAAAGUAUUUAUUAAAUCAUUAGAUAAAAAAAAUUAAGUGUGAGUCCCACAGAGAAAACCGAAGAAGCAAAGGUUUCCGACCUUCAUAAAUAUAUAUUAGUUUCGGCCAUCAAUGUACAAAGUAUCCUUUAGUUUAGUGAUAUAAAUGUUGGUGUUUAUUACUCAAUAACUCGGGUUCGAACCACAUGCUUGACACUUUUUCACAUUUAUUAAAAGUGAGACCCACUUACCUGCUGACGUGGCAGCUCAGGAAUGAAGCAACAGCCUCAUUAUAUUAUGACACUUUUUCACAUUUAUUAAAAGUGGGACCCACUUACCUGCUGACGUGGCAGCUCAGGAAUGAAGCAACUGCCUCAUUAUAUUAUAGAUCGUUAACAAACCAACCAAUUAGUCUGCUUCGUUCUGAUUUAUUUAUUGUUUUAAAAUAUAUUGUCCAGCUUAAUCAAUAUUUGAUUUAAGUCUAUUGUUUUCCCUCGUUCUUUAUGGAUUUGAUCCUUAAUUACUACAACUGAACCUAUUAUUUGAGAUAGUAAAGUUGUUCUAGGGUAAUUUGAGCAUUAUUAAAAGUUCGUUGUGAAAAAGCUUAUGAACAGUUAAUUUGAGAAAGAAGAUUGUUUCAGAAGUAAAAUAAACUCAUGCCCAAACUUAUUUUGGUGACUUAAAUUUUCGUGGGCUAGUAUGAGAAUAAAAAUUUGCUGGUUAUUUAGUUGAAUUUUCUAAGUAAUUCAUUUUUAGUUUUUGCUCCAUAAAUAGUUCUCAAAAUUAAACUGAAGAAAUUAAGUUUCAUUAAAGAAGUAAAUGAAAAUUAUAUUCUCAUUUAUAAAAAUUAGUUAUUUAUUAAAUAAUUAAAUAUUAAACAUCAAAAUAUUAAAAUCAAACAUAAAUCUUUUUCAAAAUUUAUUUUUGAAUAUAUUUUUCAAUUUUUGUUUCAAAAAUAAAACUUUUCUUUACUAUUAUUUUCUUUUUUCGAAAUUAUUUUUUCUUAAGAAAAUUUUGGGAGACUUUAUUGAUAUGCAGGAUAUCUUCGUGAAUUUAUAAAAACUAAAUUUCCAAAAUUCAAAAAUGGAUUCAUAUCGAUAUAAAUUAGUUUUUUUAAUGUAACUUGUGUGUAUAUACUUAGGAAAAUAUUUCUUGAUAAACUUGACUUAAAUCCAUAUUUAAAUAUGCAUAGUAUCUUUGUAAAAUUUAGAUAUCAAGUUUAAGAAUGUCGAGCGGGACCUUGUGGUUGGGUGGUAGUGGACGGCUUGAGAUGCAAACACAUUUCACGCGCUAUCACCCUGCUACAUAAAACUAAUAUCAUCUCCAACCCACCUCUCUUUCUAUCUCUAUAUUUUUCCUUAAAAUAGAGAAACUCUAUUAUAGAGGUGAAAAUGCUCCAAUGUAUACCUCUAUAAUAGAGUUCUUCUAUUUUUAGGAGAAAAUAUAGAGAUAUCCUAUUUUCACCCUUAAAUAUAGAGGUAAAAAGUAACUUUUUUCUAUAUUUUCUUCUAAAAUAGAGAAACUCUAUUAUAGAGGCAUACAUUGGAGCAUUUUCACUUUUAUAAUAGAAAUCUCUAUUUUAAAGGAAAUUAUAGAUGUGUACAUCAGAAAUGCUCUAAGUGAUAUUAUUCUGAUCAUCUAACGCGAAUAUGUGUCUAUGCUUUAGGAUUCAUUUGAAAGCCGUGGGAAAAAAAUCCAUUCGCGGACUUUGACUCCCCCAAAUUCAACCAGGUUAAAAAAAAAUUUAGCAAAAAAAAGUUUAAGAAUGUCAUACUAAACUUUUUUUAAAAUGUUAUACAUAUGCAGUAAUAUAUUAUUAAAUAUACGUAUAUUUUAAAUAUGUAUUCCUAAAUUCACAUUCAAGAAUGUAUAUUUAAAUAACCAUUUAUGAAAGUUUUUCUAAAUUUGUAAAGAUAUUAUACAUAUUUGUCAAUAUAUUUUUCAAUUUUAAGAAUAUAUUAUACUUAUUUUCGAAAUAUAUAACUAAAAUUUAGAAAGAUAUUUUACAUAUUUAGUAAGAUAUUCCUAAAAAAAUUGUUAGAAUAAUAGUUUCUUAGAAACAAAUUUAAUUGGAAAGCCAAAACUCUAACGACACAUCUAAAAUCAUAGCAUAAAACAAGAGUUUUUACAAAGCCUAAUAAUAUUUUCGUUAAGGAAACAAAUCUGAGAACACAAAGUUCACACGAUUCAAUAUAAUUAAAAGGCACAAUCUUGAAGAAAUGAAAAAAAGUGCAAUGUUGCUUGAGAAACGUGUUCCUCAAAUUCCAUUAAAGCUGAAACGGUUUUAGGCUAAGCAUUGAACACAAAGCAAAGAAAUAAAGAAAAUAUAUAAAAAAAAAAAAAAAAAAAAGCAAAACUUGCUGACGGACCAACAAAAAUUGCCGAAUCUCUGAAACCGACCCAUAAUCCCAAAAUCCCAAUCAUCACUUUCCUUUCCGUGUCACCCUCUUCCUCUCCCACGUUUCAUCUCCUCCCUUUAUGGGUUUUAACUUCCCCUCUCUUAUUCUUCUUCCGCUCUUCCAUUCAACUUCUCCCUACCUCUGAUCAACCACGAUGAGGCUUUACGUGUACGUCCUACAAGCGAAGGAUUUGCCUGUUCAAGAGACGUCCGUCGUGCUUCACGUUGGGAAACACAAGUCCAAGACGAGAGUUUCCAGAGGUACUUCCAAUCCGAUCUGGCAUGAGGAAUUCGUUUUCAGAGUUGGCGCUGUUGAUGAAGGUGACGAUGUUGUUGUAUCUGUUCUUCAUCAUGACCAAGAUCAUCAUCAUCAGUCUGAUGUCUCCACGGGUUUGAUUGGUAAAGUUCGGAUUCCGCUUUGUUCCGUCGCCGGUGAAGAGAAUCAGACGCUGUUGCCGACGUGGUUCGUCAUUGAAAAGCCCAGUGAUGGCAAGUUCGUUAACAUCGAAUGUGGGAAAAUCCUUCUCAGUAUGUCUUUGCAAGGGAAGUCUGAAAGUACCUCUGAUGAAAAAGUUCUCCCUUAUAAGCAGGAUGUGACCUUGGAGGCUGUUAAAGAAGUCCAAGGAUCUGCUAAAGAAGGGAAACGGCGUAAACACCAUGAUGGGAAGCACAUUAUGAAGAAUCUCGUCAACCAGAUUGACAAGCUUUUUCAUAAGAAAGAGGAAAUCUCUAAGAGACUCAACGAUGAGCCAGCAGGAGAUAGUGUAACCUCAAAUUAUGAGGACGCCACAGACAAAUCUUGCUCCUCUGCUGCUACUACUUGUACUAGCUUUGAAGAAGGCCUUGAUCUGAUGCAGUCUAGCGACGGAGAAAUAGAAGAAAUGCCUGAGAAUCUUGUUGGGGGAAUUCUUGUCGAUCAGAAAUAUUUAGUCUCACCUUCUGAUCUUAACAAAUUUCUCUUCUCGCCCAAUUCCCAGUUUAGGAAAGAGUUGGCUGAACUUCAAAGUUUAACCGAUGUACAGGAAGGGCCUUGGACAAUGAUUCAGGAAGAUAUUACUCCUCGUCUAACACGGCUUGUCACAUACAUGAGACCUGCAACAAAGUUGGUCAAAGCAGGAAAAGCUACAGAGAGUCAAGUUUACCGGAAAGCGAGUGGGAAUCAGUUUGCUGUUUUUGUAAGUGUAAGUACACCAGAUGUUCCUUAUGGAAACACCUUUAAAGUAGAGUUGCUUUACAAGAUUGAACCUGUAACGGAGCCAAACGCUGUUGGUGAAUCUUCUCGGCUGAUUAUAUCGUGGGGUAUUCAAUUCAGCCAAAGUACUAUAAUGAAAGGUAUGAUUGAAGGAGGUGCUAGGCAAGGGCUGAAAGAGAGUUUUGAGCAAUUUUCUGAUCUCUUGGCUAAGAAUUACAAAACUCUUGAUCCGGCUGUUGUAUUGGACAAGGAGCAGGUCAUAGCAACAGUGCAGUCAGAGCAAAAGACAGAUUUGAAAUCAGCUUUUCUAUACUUCUGGAGUUCCUCUGUCGUCUGUGCAGUUCUGUUGUCUGUGUAUGUUGUGGUACAUAUGCUUCACUGUGAGCCCAGCAAAAUCCAAGGAGUUGAAUUCUAUGGUCUUGAUUUACCUGAUAGUUUUGGGGAGCUGUUUUCUAGUGGGACACUAGUUCUUCUUUUGGAGCGUGUUUAUAUGAUGACAGUCCACUUUAUACAAGCUAGACUGCAUCGAGGAAGAGACCAAGGAGGCAAAGCUAAUGGUAAGGGAUGGAUUCUGACAAUAGCUCUAAUUAAGGGCACAAAUUUGGCUUCGGUGGAAGCAACAGAGCUCUUUGAUCCUUAUGUUGUUUUCACUUGCAAUGGGAAAACAAGAACAAGCUCUGUCAAACUUCAAGCACAGGAUCCUCAGUGGAAUGAGGUGAUCGAAUUUGAUGCAAUGGAGGAACCACCGUCAGUAUUAGAUGUUGAGGUAUUUGAUUUCGAUGGUCCAUUUGACCAGGGUGUCUCCCUUGGGCAUGCGGAGAUAAAUUUCCUGAAACUCACAGCGGAUGAACUUGCGGACUUGUGUGUUCCUUUAGUUGGUCAUCAUGCUCAAGCGUCUCAAUCAAAAUUACAGCUGAGAAUUUUUCUGGAAAACAAGAACGGUGUUGAAACAAUGAAGGAUUACUUGAGCAAGGUGGAAAAGGAAGUCGGAAAGAAGUUGAACAUUCGGUCGCCACAAAAGAACUCCGCUUUCCAGAAACUGUUUGGUUUGCCCCAUGAAGAGUUUCUUCUCAAAGAAUAUACAUGUUACUUGAAGAGAAAACUCCCUGUGCAGGGCAAGCUCUUUCUGUCGGCUAGAAUUGUGGCGUUCUAUUCUAAUAUAUUUGGACACAAGACAAAGUUUUACUUUCUCUGGGAAGAUAUGGAUGACAUCCAAGUGCUCCCCCCAACUCUUGCUUCCUUAGGUAGCCCUUUGCUGCUCAUUAUUCUGAAAAAGAACCGAGGUCUUGAUGCAAAGCAUGGGGCUAAAUCUCAGGAUGAGGAAGGAAGGCUUUGGUUCUAUUUCCAGUCAUUUGUCUCAUUUGAUGCGACUAGCAGGACAAUCAUGGCUUUGUGGAAAACGAGGACGUUAAGUGUUGAUCAAAGAGCACAUAUAGCAGAAGAAGAAUCAGAUGUGUCAGAUCCUUUCUUCUUGCCAGGAGAUGUUGCAGUUGUUUCAGAUGCCGAUCCGUUACAGAUGUCAAAGGUGUACGCAUGUGAUCUACCUGGCGAUGUAGAAUUAGUUAUGAAGAUCUUCGGUGGAGGAGAAAUGGAGCGUAAGAUCAUGGAGAAAUCUGGAUGUCUCAAUUACGCGAGCACAACAUGGGAGUCUAAAAAACCGGGGAUCUACGAAAGACGGGUUUCUUACAAAUACAAUCACACUGUCUCUGUGUUUGGGGGCGGAGUUACCUGCUCACAACAGAAAUCUACAGCUCCAAAUGAUGAAGGCUGGAUCUUAAAUGACAUUGUAGCUCUUCAUGAUGUUCCAUUUGGAGACAAUUUUCGCGUUCAUCUAAGGUAUGAAGUGAAAAAAGCAGGAGUUGAUUGUAAAACAAGCAAGUGUGAGGUCUACUUGAGGAUCCGGUGGCUGAAACCAAUAAAGUUUGAACAGAGGAUAAGCAAAAGUAUAAUGGAGAAGUUCAGGAAUCGAUUGAAGGUUAUAUUUGAUUUGUUCCAGAAAGAAUCUGUUGCAAAUUCGUCUUUGACACUUCUUUGACUAAAACUAUACUUUGUUUUUUAGUUUGUCGCCUUCACUCGUCUGUUCAUGUGACUCCCCUCCUGUGACACCAAAGUUUCUAAUGUAUAAACGAUUAGUAAGAAUGAAAAUAGCUAUAAGAACUCGAAUUUCCCA